AUGUGGACUACUGGAUGUUAUCAUCUUCAUCAAAUUCCUCAGCAUGUGUCACCUCCUGUGCCAGUAGCACCCCCAUCAACAACAACUACUCAAAAACGACAAUACCCAACUACUAAAUCAAACCAUAAUAAUUCAUGUCUAUUUGCCCCAAUUCAAACCACAAACAUACAACAACAGGAUGAAACCCGUUCUUGCAAUAUACAUCCUUGUCUAAAUUAUCAUGGUUCAAUUCCAUUUGGAUAUAAUCCGUACCUUCCCAUCCAUCUUUCUACUCCUCCGCCACCACCACCACCACCAGCACAACUACCGCCACCAGUGCCACAUCCUAGUUUCUCCUCUAAUCCAAAUCAGCAUUUUCAUAGUUGUACACAAAGAAAUUGUCAAAAACCACAGGAAAACCUUGCUUUUCAUACUUUGAAUCCAUUUCAUUUCCAUCCACCACCCCCAUUGCCUGUCGAGUAUUAUUAUGGUAGUUGGAGAUGUGGUUGUGAAGAAACACAGCACGACACACAAGAGAAUGAAGAAGAUAAGUCAGAAGAUAAGCUUAAUAGAACAGAUGAGGUACAAGAAAAUAAACAAACACCAGAGGUGGAAACAAGCCGGGAAAAAGAAGAAGUUGAAGAACAACCAGUUAUUGAUACCAAAACAACAUUUUUCAAACAAUCAAAACAUCCACCAUCACAUAAGGAAUUUAGAGCCCCAAGUUUCACAAAAAUCUAUCAAACUCCACCAACGCCCAAACAGCAACAACAACAACCAGAAACGGAGAAUAUCCUACACAGAUCACAUUCUAGACUCAGGUCGUUACUUUCCAGAAAUACUAGAUCUGAAGACACAUCCAACAGAGAACAACUCAUGAAUCAAUAUUAUCUUAGAACAUCACUGGAAUAUGACAGCAGCAACAAACGGGGAUCUAAGAAGUUUAAUACUUUGUCAGGGUUUGACAAAAUUGGCGAAAGUGCAGGAGAAGGAGAAGGAGAAGGUGGCGGUGAAUUUGAUAGUUGUCAGUUUAGCCAAUAUAUGGAGCAAGAUGGGAAGAUGCUUUGGUGUGAUUAUGAUUGUCAGACCGAAACUGAGAUUGUUUCCAAGAGUAUGAGAAAAGAUGGAGAGUAUUCAUAUAGAGAAAAUAUGAAUGAAGAAUCGAUUUUUGAACAAGAUGAGAAUGAAGAACCAGAAGGUAAUGAUGGAGUUUUCCCUUUUGAGAUGAUCAAUGCGGCGGAUAGUUUGAAAGAAAACGACGCAUCUCAAUGGUCAACAACAACAACCGCUAAGAAAAUAAUGGAAUCGAAUAAUAAUAAAGAAAACGUCCAAAUCUUAUCAGGAACAACCAUACAAGUUGAAUCCAGUGAUAUUAUUUCCAAAUUGAAACAAUCUUCACCUAAACGAAAUACCAUUCCCGGAGAUUUCCUUGGCGGUCUUGAUGAUAGUUCGUCUCAGCCUACGAAAAUUGAUGUACUUGUCGAACCCGAAAGUGCCAAAUCUUGGAUUUCUAAUAUGACUGGAUAUUCUUCAACAUUUUUUGGUACAGUUGCAAAUAAGUUGUUAAACAAAGUACAUGCCGGGGAAUCAGAUAGAAUUGUAGAAGUGAAGAAUGGAACUGAGGAUGAUGACUUGGAGAAGGAUGGAGACGAUGAUGGGUUUGAAACACAAAGGAAGAGGAAUAGAAAUAGAAACAGACGUAAGAAUUUAGAAGCGAAGAAGAGAAAGAAGGAAAGACAAAAGAAGAGGAAGUAG